UCACCGUUUAUUUCCUCUCUCUCUCUUUCUUUCUCUCUCUAGUUCUUCCGCUGUCUGGCGUAGGAUAACUGGGCAUCGAUUGCUUCGGCAGAUCUUUUAAAGUUUUAUUGAUUUGGAAAUUGGAAGCAAUCUCCAAAGGUUCGAUUCCGUGAUAUAAUCUCCUUGAUUUCAUAUUCAUCUUGAAUUUUGUUAUGUCUGCUGGCAAAUUCUGAAAGUUGGCAAGUAAACACUAAAUAGGUUAUAAAAACAUGGGGGAAGAUUUACUUACAGGCUUAUCGAUGGAGAAUUAUCACCCCUCGACGUUUUUGUCCAUGGAUUCGAUUGCUACCUCCCAUGAAGAGGCUGAUCGAGACAUGAAUAGGCAGGUUGUUCUGUCUCUGCCUCCUGAUAUUAAUCUGCCUCUAUCAGCCGAGCGUAGCCCUCCUCCACCAUCAUACCAUGACACUUUCGAUAUUCUAGAUGUUGGACUAGGGCAUCAAAUCAACGAUCCUGAUACCCUAAUGAUCAUGCCCAAGAAUGGUAGGAAAUGCGCCAAGAGAACUGAUAGUGUUUGGGGUGCUUGGUUUUUCUUUAACUUUUAUUUCAAACCAGUCCUGAAAGAUAAAUCCAAGUGCAACGUAAUCAGAGACUGUAAAGGAGUCUCCAGUUUUGAUAAGUCGGAUCUUCAGCUUGAAGUGUUUCUGGUUCAGCAUGAUAUGGAGAAUAUAUACAUGUGGGUGUUUAAGGAGAGGCCAGAUAAUGCAUUGGGGAAGAUGCAGUUAAGGAGUUACAUGAAUGGCCAUUCUCGCCAGGGCGAUCGUCCUUUUCCCUUUAGUGUGGAUAAGGGUUUUGUUCGAUCUCACAGGAUGCAGAGGAAACAUUACAGAGGUCUGUCGAAUCCUCAGUGCCUCCAUGGGAUUGAGCUUGUUCCUUUACCAAAAAACAUUAUGGGGAUUGAUGAAGAAGACAAGAAAAAAUGGAUUGAACUGACAGGUAGAGAUUUGAAUUUCUCUAUACCCCCACUAGAAGCAAAAGAAUACAGUUCGUGGAGAACCCUCCCCAGUACGGAUUUUGAGCUCGAAAGGCCACUUCCAAAGAAAAUAGUUCACGGUCCUGGUUUUAGUUUAUCAAGUGGCCAACCGUCAAACCACACUACGAUGGAUCUCUCGCAUGUUUGUCAUAAGAGGAAGAAAGAUCUCUUUGCGAAUGGGAAUGAAGAGGAUUGUUGUAAUUUUCCUUUAAACCAGUAUCUAGAUCCGGUUGAACAACCUCAGCCUUGGAUGAACGAAUUUAGUGGAGUGAUAAGGAAUGGGUGUGGGCCGGUUACAGGUGCAAAGACGUUGUACGAAGAUGAAGAAGGGUAUCUAAUAAUUAUCUCUUUACCCUUUGCAGAUCCUAAAAAGGUUAAGGUUCAUUGGUGGAACAAUCCGAUUCAUGGGAUUGUGAAGAUCUCAUGUGUUAGUAUGGCAUGCUUGCCCUUUGUGGUGAGAAAGGAUAGAACGUUUAAACUGAGUGACAGGUCACCAGAGCACUGUCCUCCUGGAGAAUUCAAACGGGAAAUUUCACUUCCGACGAGAAUUCCUGAUGAUGCGAAACUGGAAGCCUACUUUGACAAAAGCGGAACAGUGCUUGAGAUAAUUGUGCCCAAACAUCGCGUUGGACCAGAGGAGCAUGAAGUUCCUGUUUGCCUCCACCCGCCAAACGAUUUUAUCUUGUCUUAGAAGAAGAAGAAGAAGAGCUUUCAUAAAAUCAAUAAGUUUCAAUUCUUUCCAGAUCAAUCUCCCCCUUCCCUACCCUACCCUAGUAAGUAGUCAUUGCAGUUUUGGAUAAUAAUUUUGGUGGUUGUCAUUUGGUUGGUUGGAUAGCUUGAUCCUGUCUCUGAUUUCAAUCAAGCAUAUAGUUGCAAAUUGGAAAUGCAAAUCAUCGGUUGCUAAUGUUACUUAUAGACAACAAGAGUAUAUACCAAAAAUUCUGCAGUCAAAGUCAAUUGUUAUGGUUUUGAUUGA